AAAAAAUACAAACUAAACUUUUUCCUCCUUUUCACAUCAAAGAAACCCUAUUAUGAACAAAAAAAAUGAUAUGCGUGUUAUCCUGGACGAAGCACAGCUUUACGUAGAAGAAACAUCGGGCUCUGUUAUGGUUCGCGGCGAAGUUAUCGUUAACUUUACAAAAGACACACCGAUCCAAGGGCCUAUUGAGUUACUUUUUGAAGGCAUCCAAAGAUAUCAAACAUGGGCCGAACUUGUAAAUAAAGACAAAGCAGGCUCGCCUAUAGAAACUAAGCUGCAAGUGACUGAACUAUCCUUACUUCCCCCAAACUCUAAAGGUUUCAUGCCUUCCGGUGUACAACGAUUUCCUUUCGAGUUUCCAAUCCCCUCAACACUGCCAACAUCAGUAUAUAUCCCCGAUCGGCUUGAAAUUUUCUAUCAGCUCACUGCCACUUUGAGGCUUUCAAAAGCUAAACAAUUAGAAGCAACGAAUACAAAUAAUUGGAUUGAAUGGGCCCUUCGCAAUAGUUCCAAAAAAAAAUAUGUUGCUACCUCACCCAUUCGAAUUAUUCGUGCUAUGGAGUCUGUUGUUUCCCAUGGUUUACCUACGUCAGAUGCUCAUGACUCUACCCCAUCAUUAUCUGCUGUCAUUACCCAAAUUGAAGAUGAUAACCGGUCUUCUGUUGAAGUCCCAACUUCGAAUGGUAUAGAGGCACCAACUGAACCAGUAGGAGAGGUCAAUCAAUUGCCUUGGAACCGCCGUGGUCUUGACGCUUACCAAGGAAGCUUAGAUGAACAGCAUGAUCAAUUGGCCUUUUCGCUAUCUGGUAGGACUAGUGGUAACUUUAACCAACCAAUACAUAUGCUCGAAGAAACACAAGGUGUUCGGUAUAAACUUGGUGUCGAUCGUACUGCUAUUGCUAUUGGUACUAGUAUUGGUAUCGAAUUAAUGAUUGAACCAACUUUUGCAGACGCGCGUAUCAAGUCUGUCCUCUUGAAAGUUUCUGAAAACCGUAAAUACACUCUCCAGAUUCCUUCUGAUCAUGCCUACAGUACCGCGUCAGAAUAUCAAACUAAAACGUACAACGAAGGUGCUAAGAUGGUCAUGAAGUGGGCCUUUGGAUAUGAAGUAGAAAACGACGAAGGUGAAAUGGUGCAAGAUAAGAAAAAUAUUGUUCGGCAAAUCAGUAAGCCCGGUGACAAAUAUAUUCGAGAACGUUCCUCUAGUAGUCAGUUCUUGGCACACUUUGAUCCUCCUCCGCUCGGCCAUGUAGACAAUAAGUUCUUCUUGGGAAAUCAUCCAGAUAACAAACCAACUGUUUAUCUAGAUAAUGAAGAAGACGUACAAGAAAAUAACAAUAUAGGUUCAUCUUCAGUAGCACUAACAGCAAGUAAAAAUAAUGAUCUUCACGAUAUACUAAAUUUGAAAGAAUUGGACCAAUCCGUCCGAGUAGGAGAAUACUUUGGUGGUCGUUUUGUUAUGCCCAUUCCUGACUGCACAAGUCUCCUAAAUCCUAGUAUGGAGUACGACAGUAUCAAUAUUAGUCACUGGUUACAAUUAGUUGUUGCUAUUGAAUGUAAUGGUAAAGAAUUUGAACUAAGAUUAGAUUCGCCCUCUCGUAUGCUCGAUUGCCGGGUUGUUUCUGUAGAUGACGCUGGUCAAACAAUAUUGCCUCCUCCUCCCAGCUAUGAACCUGGUGAUGGUUUUAUUGUGAAUGAUUGGUCUACUGGUACUUUUUGGGAGCAAAGAGAGCCUAUUACGUCUGUUUCAAAUUGGGGUUCCAAGGUACUUUGUCCUUGCGAGUCAAAGAAGAAACUCGCUCUCGAUAAAAACAAAGCGUUUGCUGCUUCUGGUAAACAUCAUAAUACAAAGAAAAACAAAAUGGCGAUUAUACCUACCCCUCCCAAUCUCCUACCCGAAUGGGGUCCUCCCCCUGCCUAUAACAACUAAAUUGCGAACGACUUUUUGAUAUUGCCAAUCAUUUCUUUAUUACACACAUUAAUACUUAUAUGCUCUUUUUACUAUACAUUGAAAUAAAACUAAUUAAAAAAUCUGGACACAAUUUAACCAUUAAUAGGCUAACAUUUACGCAAAACC